GCUUCCGGGCCUCGCUCCCGGCACGCUCAGCGGACGCUGGGAGGUCCCGCCCCCUCUCGCCAGCCGCGGCCAGGUGGAGGCGGCGGCGGAAGUGAACGGAACGGUUUCUGCGGCGGAUUUCAGACGAUUAGACCUGUCCACAGGAAGUGAGCUGGCAAGGCUGCGUUUCUGUGCUAAAACCGAGGAGCUGACUGGCACCAUGAAAGUCUUCUGCGGGCGGGCCAAUCCGACCACUGGAUCUGUGGAGUGGCUGGAGGAGGAUGAGCACUAUGAUUACCACCAGGAGAUUGCAAGAUCAUCCUAUGCUGAUAUGCUGCAUGACAAAGACAGAAAUAUAAAAUAUUACCAAGGUAUCCGGGCUGCUGUGAGCAGGGUGAAGGACAGAGGACAGAAGGCCUUGGUUCUUGACAUUGGCACUGGCACAGGACUCUUGUCAAUGAUGGCGGUCACGGCAGGGGCUGACUUCUGCUAUGCCAUUGAGGUGAGCCACGCUCUUCAGGUGUGUGUCCUGUGUCUUAUGUGGGGAGUCCCUCAUGCACCUUGCCUAUCCUUUGUUCACACACGUUCAUGGAGUGUUCACUCUGUGCCAAGCACAGGGCCGGCUCUGCCUGAGCUGCACGCCAACAGGAAAGACAGGUCCGGAACAGAAAACUGUGAAGCGGUACCUCACAGAGCAACCAUCUAUGCACAGCUGGUGGAGUCCCGGAGGAUGUGGUCGUGGAAUAAGCUCUUUCCUGUCCGUGUUCAGACCAGCCGUGGAGAGCAGGUCAUCGUCCCCCCCUUGGAACUGGAGAGGUGCCCUGGUGCCCCCUCUGUCUAUGACAUUCAGCUGAACCAGGUGUCGCCCACUGACUUCAGUGCCCUCAGUGAUGUGAUGCCUAUGUUCAGUGUGGACUUUAGCAAGCAAGUCAGUAGCUCAGCAGCCUGCCACAGCCGGCAGUUUGAACCUCUGGCAUCUGGCCGAGCUCAGGUGGUUCUCUCCUGGUGGGACAUUGAAAUGGACCCUGAGGGGAAGAUCAAGUGCACCAUGGCCCCCUUCUGGGCACACUCAGACCCAGAGGAGCUCCAGAACUAUUUGGCCAGAAAACUGCAAACAGACAAGGCAACUUUGAGGUGUUUUUUUUCCUGGACAAAAACAAUACUUUCAUUUUUUUUUCUUGUUAAGAUUUUCAAGGCUAACCACUUGGAAGAUAAAAUUAACAUAAUAGAGAAACGGCCUGAAUUGGUAACGUCUGCAGACUUGAAGGGUAAAAAGGUCUCUCUCCUGCUGGGGGAGCCGUUCUUCACCACCAGCCUGCUGCCGUGGCACAACCUCUACUUCUGGUAUGUGCGGACCGCUGUGGACCAGCAGCUGGGGCCCGGUGCUGUGGUGAUGCCCCAGGCUGCCUCGCUGCACGCUAUGGUCGUGGAGUUCAGGGACCUGUGGCGGAUCCGGAGUCCCUGUGGUGAGUGCGAAGGCUUUGAUGUGCACAUCAUGGAUGACAUGAUUAAGCGUGCCCUGGACUUCAGGGAGAGCAAGGAGGCCGAGCCCCACCCGCUGUGGGAGUACCCAUGUCGCCGCUUGUCCGAGCCCCAGCAGAUCCUGACCUUUGAUUUUCGGCACCCGGUCCCCCUGCACCCAGUCCGUGCUGAGGGCUCCAUCGAGCUGAGGAGGCCUGGGAGGAGCCAUGGGGCCGUCCUGUGGAUGGAAUACCACCUGACGCCGGACAGCACGGUCAGCACCGGCCUCCUGGAGUCUGCAGAGGACAAGGAGGACUGUUGCUGGAACCCGCACUGCAAGCAGGCUGUGUACUUCUUCACCAGCCCGGACUGCAGAGCCCCGCAGGGCGGCCCUCGGACCGUCAGCUACACAGUGGAGUUCCACCCCCGCACUGGGGACGUCACCAUGGAUUUCACGCUGUCAGACACCCCGGAGGACGGGUGCUGACCCUCACUUGUUGCGAAAUAAAGUGGCCCGAGGGCUCUGGGCUCUGAAUGGCGUGAAGCUCCCUCUCUUUUCAGGGCCCAGUUAGACCUCUGGGUUCGGAGGAGCCCUCUUCCCUUUUCA